AUGCCCGGGUCCGAAGCUGGUUCGAUUGGCGAUGAGCCACGGCCAAUCUCUACACUCAAUUCCUCCUCCACUGCCGCUGUCACCUUGGUGGACAAUGAUGAAUUCAUGACGCCGGUUCUUUCGCCCCUGGCACUGAUUGAUAGGAAGCUGCAUGCAGCGUCACAUAUUGUUCAGACUCCGGAUCGAAAGCAAUGGAUCGAUCUCGAUGUCUUAUCGCCCAAGCUCUUGCGUGAGCUGCGAAAGCAGUACGACACUCAACUGUCUGAUCAGCCACGCUCCAUGGCUAAGGGCGCUGCGAGAAUCAAGGCGUGGACUCGGCAAACAAAAAUAGGCUUUGACAUCCGUCUGAGGAGAAAGCUGAGCACAGGUCGUGAUCAAGUCACAGACAUUGUCGUUCAAGACCAAUUACCAUGGAACGAGCCGAAGGGGAUCGCCUUGCCAGAGCUGCCGAGCGAGGGCAUGUUCGAGCUCCCGGACAAUUCUCGAACAUCCGAACUGCCUUCUACACCCUUGGACUCGAACAUGGAAGAUGCUGCCGAUGAGCAAGACGUAGAGACUUUGCCAGAAUACUCGGGGCCUACUGAUCCCUCGCCUCAACUCCGGCUCCAGAUACCGUCGACGGUACUAGAUGGGGACUCUGGCAUUGAUAGUCGUUCACCAUCUGUGUCAAGCAUAGUUGCGACACCCACCGAUGGUCUCGCAGUAGAAGACUGGAUUGGACAGCUGGAUGAUGCUAGGGACAACGACGUCGAGAAGCCAGAGCUGAACGAUGGUAGACCGCGCACUGACCCAAUCGAUAUCAAAGAGCCGUCAGACCAACACGAUCAAGUGGCUGCUGACAUAGUCAAUGCACUUUUAGCCGAAAUUCGAGGCAGUUUGGCGAAAGAUGCAGCUGGUGGAGACCUGAAUUUACAAUCCGGCCAAAAUGUCGCCAAAACUUAUACGUACGAAACCGAGGCUGACGCAGUGCCAGCAAGCCCGAUCGGUGCAUCAGGUCAGACUCCUUCCCCGUGCUAUCUUCAGAAAGGUCGAAGUACCGUGAGAAUGCGCAAUAAACUCAAGAGCAAACCUCUCCAUGGCCUGGAUCCGCCGCGAUCUCAUCACGAGCCGAGACGGCCUGCUCUCCAACGACGCGCCACUGUGCCUAAGCGUGCUACGAUUGCUGACGGUCCCGAGGCAGCUUGGAAGGUGGCGCUUCAGGGCCAGAAGAAACUGAUUGGAGGGAAGCAUCCUUUGACAUGGAAGGCAAAAUAUGCGCUGGCGGAGAGCCGAAAGAACCAGCACAAGGAAUGCUCAUCUGACCUGCUUGACUCACUACGAGAAAGUGAACACCUAUCUGUCAAAAUCCUCGGGAGUGUUCAUCCGGACGUUGCUGCAUUUUCGGCCAAUCUCGAAACGCUGGCCACUUUGAUUGUGAGCGAAGAGGAUGACACUGUUGGCUCUGUCCAGGAAAUUAGCGGGUCGGAAGCCUCUACGAAUAGUUUUCAACCCGAUGAAGACGCUCCUAACACAGCGGAUAUAAUCCAGAACAACGGCUUGUCCCGUGAUAUAGUACAAGAGCAUCCAUUGUCGUCCCAUCAGGCUCCGACCAGUGGCGACGUCCAGGAACCCGAAGGCGCCCUGCCAGCUUUGCAGACCACCUUCCCGGAUAGGCCUGAGGCAAACGAUACGGACCGUCUGCGCGAGCAAUUGGCACGCGAUGCGCUCUGGAGCUCCUGGCGUCCUCCACAUAAGCCUCGAAACAAUGCACAAGCGUCGCUCGGCAUAAUCCUGGAAGCAAUGGCAAACACAGUUAAGGAGGGAAUCUCGUGGCUGCAGGAUAAUUACGGCCCGGAGCCUGAACCCAAAGACAACCACGUUCGCGUGAGAUGGACUUGCUCGUGUGGUCAACCUUUGUAUGACGAUUUCGAAGAACGAAAGCCCGGCGCAGCUAGGGAGCUCGAAGCUUACCUAAACCGACCACGAACACAUACUCCAGGAACACCUACGAGUCCAAGCAGCUCUAGUGGCACUCGCAGUUUCAGCUCGUCUUUCGGAGGUGCUCAAUCCUCUCAAACUUCCUGGUCAAGCUUUGGACAGCCUGUUCACAACUCCUGCUCAGGAGAAGAAAAGUCACAGCAAACGUUCUCCACCUCUUCACUGCCUUUUUACACACCAUAUACGCCGCUGACGGAUCCACCAUGGCUCCUGACGUGUGCUAAUGAAGCCCAACACUCCCCUAAGAUGGCACAUCUAGACAUGUCUCCACAUAAGAUCAAGAGCGAUCGAGAUUUGGCCAUUGAGCUACGAUCACACUACUCCUUUAUCAACAGACGGUGGCAGCGCUUCCUCAAACUUCGUGGCCUCAGCACCAUUAAUUUUGUCCAGUUCGAGUGUCACCAAAACCGAUUCGCUGAUAUUCGGAAGACGCCUGAUAUGCCACCAACUGGUAAGAUUGAUUAUUCCUUCGAGCCCGGAGACUUGAUCCCCCCGGUGGGCAGUCAGUACCUCUUGCAUCUGUUCAAGCAUCCAGAGGAGUACGACGGAGAAAUGAUCGCUUACCUCCGAGUGCCGAAGAAGAAGGGGAGGUUGGCCUUAGGCGUGGGCUGGGGAGUUCAUCUUGUAGAAGGCUUUAUGCCUGAUCGUGUAUGGAUGUGUGUAAAUCUAUUCUUCGCGUUCGUGGAUGGAUCCAAGCAUGCCUUGCCUAAUCAGUACGAGAUCUAG